UCUCCCUCUCUCUAUCUCCACUACUCUUUUAUCCACUCUCUCUUUCUCUCAUCAACCACUACUUCAACUAAAAACUAGGACUAGUUCCUUCCAAUUCCACCAUACAACUUUCACUACAAGAAUAAACUUACCCCUUCUUCCCUUUCUUGUAUAUCCCAUUCAUGAUUAGUUAAAAACAUUUCCUUUCUGUUUCAUUCAUUCUUAUGGCUUUGACGGUGGAUCAACAGUCAAAUUUCAAGCACUAUUGCAAGAUUUGCAAAAAAGGAUUUGGGUGCGGGAGGGCACUAGGAGGGCAUAUGAGGGCUCAUGGUAUUGGCGACGACGGCACGCAAAUCGAUGAAGAUGACCCGGCGAGCGAUUGGGAGGACAAGCUGGGAGGCAAUGCUCCAAGCAAUAAGAGAAUGUAUGCGUUGAGGACGAAUCCCAAUCGUUUCAAGAGUUGCAAAAUAUGUGAAAAUUGUGGCAAGGAAUUCUUGUCAUGGAAGUCGUUUCUUGAACAUGGGAAAUGCAGCUCCGAGGAUGCGGAAUCUCUAGUGUCGUCGCCGGGGUCGGAUGGCGACGAUGGAACUCCGAGGAGAUGGUCUAAAAGGAAGAGAUCUUUUAGGACCAAAGUGGGUGAUUUUAACUCAAACUGUCCAUCAAGCGAAGAAGAAGAUCUAGCGAAUUGUCUAAUGAUGCUAUCGAAUGCAACCGUUGAUCCUCUAUUACCCGAGCCAGAGGAGUCGUGUGCGUCCGCUAGCAAAGACGAGGAUCGAAGAAAUCAAAUCUCUUUCGUUGCUCCAAUUUCAUGUAGGCUUCCAAUUGACAAGGCAAAAGGGGUUACUGCGAAGGGCGUGUUUGAAUGCAAAGCCUGCAAGAAAGUGUUCAAUUCACACCAAGCAUUGGGCGGACACAGAGCCAGUCACAAGAAAGUUAAAGGCUGUUUCGCUGCUUGGCUCGAUCACAGCCUCGACGAUGGCCUGCCCGACGACGAUGUCAUUACACACGAAGAGUUUUUCCCAACUAAAUCCCCUUCAACAUCGCGAUUCGACCAUGGAACUACCAUCACUACUAAUCCAAUCGCGUCAAGUUCUCGAAGGAAAUCGAAAGUACACGAAUGUUCAAUAUGUCAUCGUGUGUUUUCGUCCGGACAAGCACUUGGUGGCCAUAAGAGAUGCCAUUGGAUUACUUCAAACUCCCCUGACGCCUCCUCUCUGGCUAAAUUUCAUCAUCAAUUCCACGACCAAAAUACGGAGCAAAUCCAAGAAAUUAUACCAACCAACUUCAUCAACAACUGCGAGCCGCUUAUCGAUCUCACUCUGGACCUCAACCUUCCUGCUCCUGCUGAUAACCCUGCAAAUUAUGGAGUGUCUACGGAAAUGUAUUUGAAGUCUUGGAUUGGCAUUGGUCCCAAAGAGAAAGAUGAUACACUAGACCACCAUUGUGAUCAUCACCACCAACAUGACAACAAGAUUAAUGAUUGUGAGGAUUUGACGCAGAAUAAUGAUCAUGCCGUUGUUGAUGAUGAUGAGGCACACAGUAAGGUGAAGUUAGCAAAGCUAAGUGAACUGAAGGAUAUGAGCACUAGUGGAAGUUCAUCUCCAUGGUUGCAGGUGGGGAUUGGUUCAACUACUGAUGUUGGUACAGCUGACCCUUAAUUAAGUUUUGUGCAAAACAAUGUAUUGAUUUUUUGACUUGUAAGUACAUUACCAGCUGAUUGUUGUUUAUUGUUGUUGAUGUAAUAUUAUUGGUGGGAUCAAAGAGAA